CACAACCACUUGAUGAGGAAAACGAACACUUUCCAACUUAUAAAAAAAAAAAAAAAAAAAAAAAAUCCCUCCCCUGCCUCCAAAACACAUCAAACUUUGCAGUGUGGUUCAGACUCGGUUUGAAAAAUCCCCUCGAGAUGUUAAAUCCGUUAAUGAGAGGCGGAGGAAUCGCCUUUUUGGCAUACAUGGCUGUCAUUUCCCGGCCCGGGUCGUCGCUCUUCUCGUUUCAUCCCUUUUUGAUGACGACGGCUUUUACAGGUUUGAUGACAGAGGCCCUAUUAAUAUUUUCCAAAUCUGGCCUGGCUGCAGGUGCCCUUCACAGUACGAGAGUAACUGUACACUGGAUUCUCUUAUUAUUAACUGCAGUCUGUCACAGCCUGGGGUUUGCGGCCAUCUAUUUCAACAAGGAGUUAAACGAGAAGCCGCAUUUUACUUCCUGGCACGGAACAGUAGGUCUCGUAGCUUCGGUAUUCCUAGUCCUUCAGCUAAGUGUGGGUGUGUUUGCCAUGUACCCGAAGCUCCUGAAAAUGUUCAUGGAUGCGAGGAGUGUGAAAGCCAAUCAUGCGGUAGUUGGGACGCUGACGUUUAGUUCCGGUAUGGUUGCCACUUUACUUGGGUUUUGGAGUACUUGGUUUGCGAACAAUUCAACGGCAAGGGUGUCCUAUGGCUUUAUAGGAUUCCAUGCUGUUUUGCUAGGCAUCAUAGUCCAGAAAGUUUUAAAGAAGUAUGUGUUAUGAUGACAAUGAUGAUUGUUGUUGUUGUUUCGUCUCUGUUUUUUGUUUUUAAAGUUUGUGAUUGAAGUGUGUUUUCCAAUAAGCUUGCUGUGUUAAUAGUGUAAUUUUCUGGUUAAAAAAAAAGGUAUUGCAUAUGCACUGAAUAAUAAAAGAUACUGCUUAUGGUAUAUUGUAAUUGCUUUCCAAAAACUGCAGUGUAAAAUAAACAAGUACUGAAGGACAAAAAGUAUAAAUUUUAAUGUUCUUCAGAUUCUUCAUACAAACAUUGCAGUGUUAAGUGAAAUUUGCAAAAAGUGGUAUUUUAGGAUUGUGGGCAUUUAGUCUCUGGAAUUGUAUUCUGGGAUACUUCUAUUUCUAUUGGCAGACUGCAGCUUUAUGUGAAAUAUUUCAUACACUGGUGCUUUACUAAAUGCGACAUAUUAUCAGAAUCACCAGUAAUUCUAUCGUGCAACUGUCUUUUGUGUGUUAUAUUUAACAACAGAUUUACCAGCAGCUUGUGAGAUCAUUUAUUGGCUGAAUAUUUGCCAGUUGAGCCACUUAUCAGGUUUAUCAUAUACGUAUUUGGAUUCGUGUGUUCAGCCUCAGUUUUCCAAAGGGGAAAUGUCCAAUGCUGACAGCUAAGUGUUGGUCAGGAGUCAUGUCAUAAUAGUCACUAGCAUUUCACCUUUUUUGAAUACAAACUUUCUGCUACUACUACUAUAAGUGCAGCUAGUCUGAUUAGUAAUACUGUACUGUACUUAAGCAGUAGAUGUUUUGUUACAUAAGUCUUGAGUGUCUGUUCCUGAAGAAAGGAACAGCAAUUUGGAUCGGUAGUUGCAUUGACUAAUUUUAGAAAUUAAAGUUUGUACAAAUAGUAUCAGUAUUUUUUAAAAUAUAUCUAUACAUCACAAGAAGCAAGUCAUUCACUUGGCCUUAUGACAUUUCCUUGCAUUGAGAAUGAUGGGUUAGGCAGAGAAUAUUCUUGUGGUCAUUAUAUAUCAAAAUGCAGAUUGUGUGACCUAUAACAGGGAUCACAAUAUGCAUUUUCAGUGUGUUUGGCUGUAAUCCCAAGGGUUUUGCUUAUUUAUUAAAAUGUUUAUCGAGUACAAGAGCGUCAGUGGUUCAGGUGUGCUUCACGUUUCAUGCAUAAUUAAAAGGAAUGUUACUACUUUCAGGCAAUUAAUAAAUUAAAUUGUAAAAGUUUUGUCACUUUUUUUUUUUAAGGAACAAUGUAAAGACUGAUCUUAACCUGUUGUAACAGUUUGGUUCCUGGAUUUGUUUAUUUUUUUGUUUUUAUGUAGAGUGAUAUCUUGUCUGUUAAGUAAAUAUUAGAUUAAAUAUACCUGGAAAAAUUAAUAAACCCAAAAUAGUUGUUAUUGUAAAAUAUGUUAUUUUUAAUAAAUAAAUAAAUAUUAAUGAUUCAUUUUAUCAUAAAAAUGCCUUAUUUUAUUACUACUCUUUGUUUUGUAUCAGUAUGUUUGUAUAUUUUAAUAAAAAAUCAAGUAUAAAAAUAGUUUUCUUUUUCAUACAGAAUAGUAGUCAGUGUGGGACUGUGCAAGUUGUAUACAAAAAGAGAGAGAGAAAAAGAAAAGAAAGGAAAUAGAAAAAAUAAUGAUAUUUUAAAGCAAGAAACCAAAUAUCUUAAUAAAAUGUUUUCACAGCA